AUGGGCAACAUCUGCUCCCGCUCAUCAAAUCAGCCCGAGGCCUUUACAGGGCCCGGUCGAGUGGUCGGCGCUCCGCCCUCGGCACCACAGUCAAAUGCCCCUCGCGCAUCCGUGCCGGCAAAAGCAAAUUGGCAAAGUAGUCCUGGGCGAACGCUGGGAGAAAGCUCCCCGCAACAAGGGGGUGGUGACGAGGCGCGAUCUAAUGCUGCGAUCGCAGCCCAGAAAAGAGCCGAAGCAGCAUCGGCGGCCAACAAGGGGAAGUUGGGGAGCAAACUGGCCGAGCAAAAGUCCAAGACUCACACACAGACCUUAAACGAGGCGAGUCAGACAGAGCGUGCAGUACGAAAUGCAGACGAGGCCGCGGCAGCGCGACAAUGGAAUUGA